CCCAUUACGAUAUUACGCAAUCACAUUCCACUUUCAUCUGCACAGAACUCGGCUCUUUUAAAGCGCACUAUCAUUUUUAUCCCUGUCUAGUCAAUUUAAGAUCACCUCAUCGUGUAUUUGUGGGUUGUUGGCCUAAAAUGAAUCAAUUAAAUAUCCAUUAAAGUCACCGUCUUGUCCUUGGGUUGGGUUUGUCCAUGUUUCAAUUUUUAUCAGCUUAAGUUGCUUCUUUCCCCACUAUAAAAGCACAUAUGGGUUUGCAGAUCUUUACCAAGUAGAGCUGUCCUGAAAGUUCUCUUAGUUAAAAAACCAAGCUCAGCUAAGAAAAUGUCUCAGGGAAGAGACAGUGCAAAUCUUGCCAUGUUUUAUGCAGCAGUGGUGCUAUGCCUGCUGCUGGUUUCUGUUGAAGACGUUCAUGCCGCUACCUACACUGUGGGAGGCGCCGGUGGUUGGAGUUUUAACGUGGUUAACUGGCCCAAAGGAAAGAGCUUUAAAGCUGGAGAUAUUCUUGUGUUCAACUACGAUCCAACAAACCACAAUGUGGUGGCUGUCAACAGAGGAAGUUACAGCAGCUGCUCCGCUCCGGCGGGUGCCAAAGUGUUUAAACCAGGCAAGGAUCGGAUCAAGUUGGUGAAGGGACAAAACUUCUUCUUAUGCAGCUUCUCUGGACACUGUCAAUCUGGGAUGAAGAAUGCUGUUAAUGCCGCAUAAUCUGAUGAUGGGCUUUUAUAUAUCUCUAGUUUACUUGCUUUUAAUAAUGUUUUGUUUAUGUUGUGACUGCAAAAUAUGUGGCUUUCAUCAUCUUCAUAUUAUCUUUGUGCUGGAUUUGGGUUAUGUAAUGCAACCAUAUCUUCUUGUUUA